AUGUCUUUUGGCUUCUCGAUAGGGGAUAUCAUCCUCCUUAGCCAAUUAGCCUACGACCUCUAUUCGACCCUUAGCUCUGGGAGACAGGCUGCAUCGCGUGACUUGAAAGAGCUCGAAGAAGUACUAUUUAGUUUGAAAUGCGCUUUAGAUCACCUCAAAGUAGCCUCCAGAGACGUUCUCGCCAGACCAGACUUGCAACAUGGGGGAUCAGCGCUUAAAGAGAAGUUGGACAUGAUGAUUGGAUCAUGUGCUUCCACACUCCAAGAGCUGGACACAGUGACAAAGAAGUACCGUGACGUCGAGAUCCAGGCAAAUAAAGGAAAGACGAAGUUGCGCACGCUGGAAGACGUGAAGAAGAGUAUGAAGGUCAACUGGCAGAGAGUGCGAUGGGACCGCGAGAAGCAAUCGUUACAGCAGUAUCGGGAGAAGUUAAAGUCGCACACCGAUGCGAUAAACCUCAUGUUGACUUCGAUAAUCUGGGCAAACACUGCGUUCGCGAAUGCUGAUAGCAAGAAGAGCCACGAUAUAACGCACUCUUUGUUAGAUAACAUGUUGCGCAACCCAGUUGCAGAUCCUGGAAUUCGGGGUAUGGUGGAGGAGAUGCACGUUAUGCUCACCAAUCCGACUGCCAGGUCACAACAAGGCCAGAUGAAAGUGAAACGAAGUACGGGAUUGUCCCACAACCAGUUCGAUGUCACUGCAAAUUCGCUGAGCGGCCCGUCAUCUGAGGAAGCACCGAAUCCGAAGCCAGAAGCCAUCCGAAUGGCCACAAUGCAAGAGAGCGCAAACGAGCCAAGCACACCCUCUGUACACCAUACGGCUCACACGCAAAGUAUGGGGUCGAGUGAGAUUUAUCACAAAAAGUCCGGGAACCUUGCGGAGAGCACAUUUCGUCAAGAGCGUCUGACAGACCAUGUCGAGCUACCAGCGGCCACUGUACAACUCAACAACGAACGCCGCGCUUUCGGAGCAAAGGAGUACGAAGCCUUCAAACAGCGAUGCGCAAAGCCGAAGAAAUUCGCGAAGCCGUCUUUCCUGACGAGUGUGACGCCCAGCAUUCAGCACCUCCAAGCCUGUAUACCGCAUAUCUUCCAAUCGACAGCAGAGGGUAAACAGCAGACGCAAGAGCUGAAGAACGAGAUAAGCAGAUGGACACAGGAGUUCGCUCGCUUCGUCGACGACACUAGAGCAACUCAGUCCAAUAAAGACGGGCAUAUCUUGACGUUGUUAGGAGCGCUGAACGAGGCAGUCGAUAGCAGUACUGGAGAUAUGAGAAAGCUGUUCUACGAGACUUCGGACUCGGCGGGCUUCACAUCAGUACUGAACCAGGUGGAGACGAUGUCGAAAAGCGUAAGGGUGAUGAAAGAGAUUGAAGAGUUCCAGGAUGCCAAAGAGGAAUGGUCAGAGCGAACUGUCAGAUAA